CCAUAAAUUUCAGAAUAGAUUUUACGAUCUGGAAAAGUGCUAGGGAUUUUUACUCUCUCUGAAAGCUGUAACUGCUAGCUAGUUUCUCUGAAGAUACAAAAAUGACUCUUGAUUAUAUACCGUUAAACAUUGAAGGGUUUUACACAAAACCUACCAAAAAUACAAUGUUGCAUUCAAGUGUAACAGCAAAAAUUUCGGAAAAUCCAAGGUCAGGAAGAAAAAUUGCACGAGUUCUUGUCAUAUAUACGGGCGGAACGAUUGGUAUGAAAAAGAAUAAGGAUGGUGGUUAUCAAGUUGUGCCUGAUUAUUUUGGUGAAGCCUUAAAGAAACUUCCCAUGUUAUACGAUGAAGAAUACGUUGAUAGUGGAAUGCCGGAAAUUGAUGACCAUAGCUCACAUUUACCAUAUUCACAGUAUCCAGUGCUUGUGAUGCCUGAAUCUAAAAUGGGGGUUAGAGUAUUUUAUUACAUCAAAGAACACAAUCCUAUUCUUGACUCCUCCAAUAUGUCGAUGAAGCAUUGGACUUUAAUAGCCCGCGACAUCAAGGAAAAUUAUCCGUACUUUGAUUCUUUUGUUGUACUUCAUGGUACUGACACGAUGUCUUAUACUGCUUCUGCUUUAUCAUACAUGUUUGAAAAUCUGGAUAAGACUGUCAUUAUCACUGGAUCACAGAUACCAAUUUUUGAGCAGAGAAACGAUGGACGUAGCAACUUCAUUGGUGCACUGAUAAUCGCGGGACAUUUUAUAAUACCUGAGGUCACCGUGUUUUUCAACAAUAAGCUGCUUCGUGGAAACAGAAGUCAAAAGAUCAGUGCAUCUGAUUUAGAUGCCUUUGGUUCACCCAAUCUCCCACCAUUAGCAAAACUAGGUACUGAGAUUGAGGUGACUUGGGAUGCUGUAUUUCCAAAAACAACGAUGAUGCCAUUCUGUGUUCAUGAAGAAAUGAGUGAAAAUGUUGGGCUGUUACGUUUGUUUCCAGGAAUUAAUGCACAAAUUGUCAAGGCCUUUCUCUCAGCACCAAUGGAAGGAAUUGUCAUUGAAUCAUUUGGAGCUGGUAACGUUCCUUCAAAUCGGCCUGACUUAAUAGAGGAGUUUAAAAUUGCUGCUGAGCGAGGUGUCUUAAUACUAAAUAUAACACAAUGCUACAAAGGUUCAGUUACUGAUGCAUAUGCAGCUGGAAAAGUUUUGUUUGAUAUUGGCGUAGUGCCUGGAUACGAUAUGACUCCAGAGGCUGCACUUACCAAACUUGCAUAUGUUCUUGGGAAAAAAGAACUGACUGCAGAAGGACGAAAACAUAUGCUUUCAACCAAUAUACGUGGAGAAAUGACUCUGCCACAUGGUCAUAAACAAUACUCAAUGAGGGAUGGGGAAUUUGUGCAUUCUGUUGCUAAAUCACUUGGAGUGGGAUCACAUAAGGAAAUGAAUUCAGUCAGGCGUGCUUUACUUCCUAUUCUACUAACCUGUGCAGCAAAAGCUGGUGAUCUGGAGACAAUUAAGCAAUUGGUUCAUCAAGGUGCUUUCCUGAAUGAACCAUCUGAUUAUGAUGGAAAAACAAGCCUUCACUUAGCUUCUGCUGAAGGACAUUUACCUGUGGUUAAAUACCUGUUAAUGCAUGGCGCUUCUGUAUAUGUACGCGACAGAAGAGGAAGAACCCCAUUGUUUGAUGCCAUAAGAAACAAGAGGUAUCUCAUUGUUGACCUGUUGUUGACAGUAGGAGCGAAAUUUGACCAUGAUGAAAUUGAAGUUUCACGAGAACUUUGCAUUGCUGCAACAGAAAACGAUGUUGAACGAAUGAGAUUAUGGGCUCGAGCAAAAGUUGAUAUGAAUACUACUGAUUUAGACGGCCGAACGCCACUUCAUGUAGCCGUUUUGAAAAAGAACAUAGACGUAGUUAAAUUCCUGGUCAACGAAGUAGGUGUGAAUUUGAACAAAAAGGAUAUAUUUGGCCAUACUGUGUUAGAAAGCGCAACAGAGUUACAUGAUAAUGAAAUCAUUGAUGUUAUUACUCGAGCGGCAAGCAUGCCAUCUGUAUUGAAAUGGAAUCAAAUUAAUGGCAAAUUAUUAAUGAACGACAUGAACCAUAAUCGAUUAAUAAACUGCAAAAUGAACGCUAACAGGGAUCUACCUGAGAUAUAGUGCGUGUUUACAACAGAUAAUUCCCUGUUGUAUAUUGUUUAUUUGGAUAUACCGUUUAUAUUUUUAGUAAACCUAACUUCCCCGAAACAACGUCUCCAUAUUGCUUUUAGCAUGAAAUAUAAAUUUUGAAAGUUCUCAAUAAUUGUCAAAAAACCUGCAUUUUUGAUUUAAUGGUGAUACAAAAUCCAAUUAGAUAUUGUACAUAUGUUAUUUAUUUGUUUAGUAAUUAUAUUGUAAAUAUAUAAAAACUUUGUUACAUUCUGUAGGUUAUAUAUUUAUUUCGUUAUGCAUAUAUCGUUGGUAAACAGUACAGUUUGAUAUAUGGCUUUUUGUAUUUUGUUAAAUCAAUGUAGGUAAAAACUGAGA